GAGCAGGGUGCAUGAGUUCAUCUCGACUGAGCUAAAUGCACUGUAUAUGGAGAAGGAUUGAUUAAGGUGCGAUUCCGGUUUGAGAUCUGAGUCACACCCGCAGCGAUAUGUUUUAUUUGUGAUAUAUCAAAGCGUUUACCUCGGAGAUACAUGUAAACGUGGCAUUUCUUUGAACAAGACGCUCCACAAGAACAGGGUGGUGAAACGGAUGCAAAACCCGGAUGGCUGCGUGGAUGGAUGGCGUCGAGCUGCAAACAAAUUCACCAUCGCAUCCUGUCUACAGGUCGGAGGGAUAGCACCAUCAACCCAGCGGAGAACAAUGACUCGCACCAUUACAUGUCUGUGCAUGUAGCGCACUGUGGUUCUGACUGACUGGACGAAGUUUACAUUUAAAAUUUUAUAAUCUCUGCCGAUGAGACACAUUUAGUGUUUAGCCGGAGGUGGAGGAUUUAAUCUGAGCUUCAUAUUCCUGCUACUGGAAUAGAAAGUAAAUCAGCACCUUUAACGCAGGGUUAGUGAUUAUAUUGUAGGUUUGAGCUGCAUACACAAGGCCACCACCAUGGAUUUAAAUGACAGCAGGUCGUUAUCCGAGCUCAUGGCCCGGUAUGAGGGCACGGAAACCGGAUUCGGUGUGCCUAAGGAUGGGUGGAGGAUCUGCCUGGCUCACGAGUUCAAGGAGAAAAGAAAACCUUUUCAAGCUAAAGACGUGUCCCUCUCCAACAUCAUACAGCACAUCGGCCUGGGCUUCAGGUAUUUAAAAUGGUGGUACCAGAGAACACAGAUUGAGAAGAAGGCACCGUUUAUAGACAUAUUCAAUUCUUUGCCCCUAAGGCCGAUUUACGGUGCCCCCUUGGGUGGCAUUGGGGGAGGGAGCAUUACACGUGGAUGGAAGGGGGAGUUCUGUAGGUGGCAGCUUAACCCAGGAAUGUACCACUACAAAACUGUCAUUGCUGACCAGUUUACAGUGUGCCUGCGUAGGGAUGGUCAGACAAUCUAUCAGCAAGUGUUGUCCACCGAACAUCCUCACACACUGCAGGACUGGAACUGGGGUUACUGCGGUGUGUUUGCAUUCUACCAUGCACUCUACCCCCGAGCAUGGACCGUUUACCAGUUGCCUGGCCAGAACGUCACGCUCACCUGCAGGCAGGUGUCACCUGUCAUCCCGCACAACUACAAGGACUCAAGUUUUCCGGUUGCUGUGUUUGUGUGGGAUAUAGAGAACAAGAAUGACUACGCGCUGGAUGUCAUAAUCAUGUUUACCAUGGCCAAUGGAUCAGGCCACAAGGAUGAAAAAUGUGGGGGUCAUUGGAAUGAACCAUUCCACUUGGAAAAAGAGGGCGAGUCUGUGUCAGGGGUUUUGCUUCACCACUGCUCACCGGUGAACGCGUACACACUGUGUAUGGCGGCCCGCGAACAGUCCAACAGAAAGAUCACCCACAAGACUGCGUUCAGUCCUAAUGACACUGGAAAGGCCAUUUGGAGUGACCUGAUGAGUGACGGGCAGUUAGACUCACCCCCUGGCUCCAGCCCUCCAACUCGGAGAGGAGAGACAGUGGCAGCAGCACUGGCGGUGGGCUGCUCUGUGCCUGCUCAUGGACACAACAGCCUGGAGUUCUGCCUGGCCUGGGACAUGCCAAAAGUUACUUUUGGCUCAAGGGAAAGAGAGCACAUCAGACGGUAUGCACGUUACUAUGGUACCAAAGGAGACGCAGGCCCAGCUCUUUCACACUAUGCACUUACACACUACAAAGGCUGGGAGAAGAGCAUUGAGGAAUGGCAAAGACCCAUUCUGGAAGAUGGUUCUCUCCCUUCCUGGUAUAAAUCAGCCUUGUUUAAUGAGUUAUACUUUGUUGUGGAUGGGGGGACUGUGUGGGUGGAGCUUCCUGAGGACUGUGAUGUUAGUGGAGGGCUUCGCCCAGAAGAAGGCGGUCUUCCAGCGCAGCCCCCUGUCCUCAAAGAGUAUGGCCGCUUUGCCUAUUUAGAGGGUCAGGAGUACAGAAUGUACAACACAUACGAUGUGCACUUCUAUGCCUCCUUCGCACUUAUCAUGCUCUGGCCCAAACUGGCUCUGAGUCUACAGUAUGAUAUUGCUGGUAGUGUGGUACAGUAUGACCCCACAGAAAGGGUGAACCUCAUGAGUGGGCAUUGCUCACCAGUUAAGACCAGGAAUGUAGUACCUCAUGACAUUGGAGACCCAGAUGACGAGCCUUGGCAACGUGUCAAUGCCUAUCAGAUUCAUGACACGGCAGACUGGAAAGACCUGAACCUGAAGUUUGUUCUACAGGUAUACCGUGACUACCAUCUAACUCAGGACCUCCAGUACCUGAAGGACAUGUGGCCCAUCUGCCAGGUGGUUAUGGAGACUGAAAUGAAGUUUGAUAAAGAUGGGGAUGGCCUAAUAGAGAACUCCGGAUAUGCUGACCAGACCUAUGAUGGGUGGAUUGUAACAGGACCCAGUGCGUACUGUGGGGGUCUGUGGCUGGCCUCGGUGUGUGUAAUGUGUAAGAUGGCACAACUUCUGAAAAGUGACUCUGUGUACGAGCACUACAGAGACAUCUUGAAGAGAGGACAUGCCGCCUUCGAUAAACUACUGUGGAAUGGCAAGUACUAUAACUAUGACAGCAGUGGGCGAAGUAUGUCCAACAGUGUGAUGUCUGACCAGUGUGCAGGCCAGUGGUUCCUCAGGGCAUCUGGACUAGGAGAUGAUGAGUUUGAGGUUUUCCCUAAGGAGAAGAUCCACAGCGCACUGAAAAGCGUGUUUGAUCUGAACGUAAUGAGCUUUGCAGGAGGGCAGAUGGGUGCUGUGAAUGGCAUGAGACCAGAGGGUGUGCCUGAUCGCUCCAGUGUCCAGUCAGAUGAGGUCUGGGUUGGGGUAGUUUAUGGACUGGCAGCUACUAUGAUUCAGGAGGGUCUGUUAGAAGAAGGUCUUCACACUGCUGAAGGUUGCUAUCGGACAGUGUGGGAGCAGACAGGAAUGGCCUUUCAGACUCCUGAGGCAUACUGUGAAAAAGGGAUCUAUCGCUCCUUGGCUUACAUGAGACCUCUCAGCAUUUGGGCCAUACAGCUGGCCCUGGACAAUCGGCCAAACGUGAGCAAAUCUAUGCAGCCAGACAGCGAGGCAGCUCGUUUAGAGACGGAUUUACAGGAUGAACUGGUUAAAGACAACUGCCAUUAAUGACUGUGUGCAUGAUCUUCUGACCUCCACACACACUACUUUUCAUACCAGAUUAAGUGUACAUUAAAGCUGACAUUUACCUUGUGCAGACAAGUAUGUGAUUACAUGUAGCAGCUUUGAGUAUAGUUUUGAGAAUAGCGGUGCUUCCAUUUAGGGCACCAAGUUUUACAUACAGUGGAUAAACACAUAAAAUAUAUCUCUCAGACAUGGGUUACACUGAUCAAGUCUUUAGCUAAAGCAGUGAGAGCUAGAAAGUGCAAGCAUGAGUUUAUGUACUUCUACAGUUAGAAUUAUGUAUUUUAGUUUAAGAUUAUCAUACAAAUAUUUGCAUUUAGCAAUUUAAGUUGUAUAUUUGUUCAUUUUAUUAUCACUACAGUAGUCCAACCCUGAUGAUACUGUAAUAAUACACAUCAAGAUUGAGCAGCCAUGAUGUGAUUAUGAUGUUUUCAGUGGUUUGAUUUACACUGUACUCUGGAAUGAUGCAUUAGAUUAUGUGUGCAUACGUUUAUCCAUACAUUUUGAGGUGUACGGUGGGAUAUAGUUAGAUGACAAACUUUAAAGUGUACUAGGAUAAUUUACACAGUGGGACACCCUAAAAACGGUUAAACCCCUAGUUGGUUUUUUAUAACUAGAACAAGUUUUAGCUACGCUGCAAUCACUGUUUAGGUACAUGACUAUAUAUUCCUUGAAAAAUGCAAAGAUAUAUUUCCAUCCAAGCAUGUAACGCACAUAGUUCAGCACCUGUGUACUAGUGAAUUAGAGUGAAUUAGAAUUAGAAAAAAAUAUCCACCGUGUUGAACAAUAUAGUCAAUAUUAAAUGAUCAGUUGCAUUUUUGGUCCAUUGCAUAAAAUAAUCUAAAUUAGUUGACACUUUAGGCAGCAGCAAAUGAUAUGCAUAAUUUGUCAGGGAAGACUUUCAGCUAUAAGAAAUAUGCCUGCACAUGCCAAACAGUAAGGUCUAGACAGCAAAGCUGUCUGUGGAUCCUUGUGUUGAGGCAGAUGAUUUAUUUGGCAGCCCAGCUGAGAUAUACACUCAGUUACCACUUCAUUAGAUAAAUCUAGGCUCCCUUACCAUGCAUGUGCUUUUUGCUGAUACUCAAUUACUGAGUAGCCCAUCUGUUGCUUUGCAAAAUUUGUCAGCCCUGCCCUUUUUUUUUUUUUAACUCUAUUGUGCAACUUGCAGUGAUCUUGUGGUCAGAAGCUGACCCUGGUGGAGAGCUAGAUUUUACAAUUAACAUACUGUGCAUGGGGAGAGAGAGCUAUAAUCUCGACCUGUACACUAUGAAGAGGACAAACAAGGUAGGUCUGUAAUAAAAUGGCCAGGAAGAUAUACUUGUAUCAGCACCGCACACACUACCACGCCAUGGCCUACAGUCAAUUAUAAUUACUACAAAGUGAACUUAUUUUGCAGGUUCAUUCAUUCAUUUAAUUUCUAAUGCAUUUUCUUGUGGGGGUCAUGGUGGUGGCACACUGUGGCAGUCAACCUAGACUUCUCUAUCCCCAGCCACAAAGUCUAGCUCCUCUUGAGGGGUCCCCAGAAGUUCUCAGGCUAGCUGAAAGAUACAAUCUCUCCAGCAGGCCCUGAGCCAGAUAUAACACUGGGAGCUGACCUGGGAAGUGACCAGUAUGUAGAUAGAAGAUGGGUGCACCUAAUAAACUGUAACUGGGUAUAUGUGGAGGCUGAAGUAUAUGAUUGUGGAAUCUCAGGGUAGGUAACAGGCCUACCUGAAAUCACUUUUUCCCCUUUGUACACUUUCAUGUGUGAUGUUGCAUCUGUCUGAAUUUGACUGUACAUGCACUUUGGAAAAUAUAGAUUUAAAUAAACUAAAUAAUUUUUGUGAAUUACUUCUGAAAACUGUACUCAGGAAAUUUAUUUAUUUAUUUUUUUUUUCCACUGUACCUCUGUGGGAACCAGUCAGAAGGGAUUCUCUGGAAUCUUUGGAAUUCUUUGGAGUGUAUGGAAGCUAGGAACGUUUUCAUUAUUCAGUGACUCCUUAAAACAUUUUUAGUUUAAGAUGGAGGUGGAGUUCAUGCCGCUUUGUAUUUAAUAAAAGAAUUUCUCUGGCCAAGCGCAUGCAGUCAACCUUACCAGUGACACCAAUCGUGGGACAAGAUGCUAAACCCAUCACUCUGUGUGUAGCAAGAGUGCAGCUGCAGCUCAUCAGUCUGGUACCUGUUGUUUUUGCUAAGUAUGAACAAAUUAUUUGUGCAUGUUCAUGUCUAAGGGUACAAUGUUAUGUGUCACUGAUUCUGUCUUUAUUGUUGCUACCUCGCUAAGCCACACAAGCUGCUCCUCAGAUAUGCUGGAAAAGUUUGAUGAACGCAGCCAAGCGCGCAGAGGUCGAAAAACGCCCACUGGUCAUGAAAAGGUUUGCCGAGACAUGUACCAAGUUUUUGUGGGUCACU